AUGUCUUCGAAACAAGAGAUUAACACUCCAUUAGCACCACAACCGGUGGGCACAUACUCCCAGGCCAUCAAAGCCGGCAAUAUUGUCUACCUCUCGGGACAGGUAGCCACGGAUGUGAAGGCGAAUAAGUUAGUGUUGGAACCGUUUGAAGCACAGGCAGACCAGGUGUUCAAGAAUCUGAAGACAGUUUGCGAGGCAUCGGGCGCUACACUGAACCAAAUCGUGAAACUAACCAUUUUUAUCACAGACUUCAAGAACUUCCCGACAGUUAACCAAACGAUGGAGAAGUACUUCUCUCGUCCCUAUCCGGCCCGCAGUACUAUAGGUGUAGCCAGUCUCCCACUGGGGGUCGACAUCGAAGUCGAGGCUAUACUUCACUUGUGA